UGCAGGCAGCAGCGGGUUCUAGCCUCUGGGAGGGUCGACAGCUUCUGCCCAACUCAUUGCGCGGUCAAAUGCGGAGCUAGGGAACUUAUCUAGCCUGUCUGGAUUACUGGUUUUAUUUAACUUACUACCGGUGACGCCCCCGGUAAGCCUCCUCGUUCCUUGCGUCUUCCCAGCCGCCCGCCCCCCCUCGAUGAUGAUUCACCAAGAAGAUGCGCCGGUCUGAAAUUUUCAUUGACCUUCGGAUCUUCUUUGCAAAACCAAGACAUUGUGACACGCUGCCGCCACAGGAGCGCACCGGCUCCUGUCGCUGCCCCACUUAACCCCCACCCCCCCCGAUCUCGGUGGAAACACAGGUGCUUUGACUACGUUCUCGCCGCUAAUCUUUGAUUUUCCUUCCAAUCAAUCAAGACCGAGGCAGAUGCCCCAGCUCUGUCAUCCCGGCUUGUACUAUGGUGGAGUUUCCAUCUCUCAGUCUUUACUGGCCUCUCAUCCGCUUUUUGGUGCCUUUGGCAAUCACCAAUGUUGCCAUCGAUCUCGGGGAACAGGCCCUCAACAGGGGCAUAGCCACAGUCAAGGAGGAUGCAGUUGAAAUGCUGGCCAGCUAUGGCCUGGCCUACUCUCUGAUGAAAUUCUUCACUGGUCCCAUGAGUGACUUCAAGAAUGUUGGCUUAGUGUUUGUCAACAGCAAGCGUGACAGGAGGAAGGCUGUAUUAUGCAUGGUGGUGGCCGGGGCCAUUGCAUUUGUCCUACACAUCUUGAUAGCGUACACAGAUUUAGGAUACUACAUCAUUAAUAAGCUCCACCAUGUGGAUGAAUCUGUGGGGCACAAGACAAGAAAGGCAUUCUUAUACCUGGCUGCAUUCCCUUUGCUGGAUGCGAUGGCCUGGAUUCAUGCAGGGAUACUUCUUAAACACAAGUACAGCGUCAUAGUAGGAUCAGCCUCCAUCUCUGAUGUUGUUGCCCAGAUUGUGUUUGUGGCCAUUCUCCUGCACAGUAAUCUAGAAUGUGUGGAGCCUCUUCUCAUCCCAAUUCUUUCCUUGUAUAUGGGUGCCUUGGUCCGGUUCAGUAUUGUUGGGCUGGGAUAUUACUGCAACAUUCAUGACAACAUCCCAGACUCCAGUGGACUUGAUGUGGGGGGCGAUGCCACUAUUAAAAAGAUGCUGAGUUUCUGGUGGCCCCUGGCCCUCAUCCUGGCCACUCAGCGCAUCAGUCGACCCAUCGUCAACCUCUUUGUGUCUCGCGACCUCAAGGGGACCACUGAUGCCACAGAGGCCGUGGCUGUGCUCACAGCCACAUACCCUGUAGGUCACAUGCCCUAUGGGUGGUUAACUGAACUGAGAGCAGUGUACCCUGCCUUUGACAAGAACAACCCCAGCAACAAGCUGAACGCUGGCAGCCCCAUCACCAAGACUCAUAUCAAAAAGUUUAUAUUCUGCUGUCUGGCGUUGUCGGUCACGUUUUGCUUUGUGUUGUUCUGGACUCCUCAUGUGUCAGAGAAGAUCCUGGUUGACGUCAUUGGAGUGGAGUAUGCUUUCGCUGAGCUGUGUGUGGGCCCACUCAGGAUUUUCUCCUUCUUUCCUCUGCCAGUGACUGUUCGGGCUCAUUUGACCGGAUGGCUCAUGACCCUGAAAAAGACCUUUGUGCUGGCCCCCAGCUCGGUUCUCCGCAUCGUUGUCCUCAUCACAAGUCUGGUUGUGCUGCCUUACAUGGGGGUUCACGGGGCCACACUCGGAGUCGGAUCCCUCUUAGCUGGCUUCAUCGGGGAGUCAACAAUGGUUGCCAUAGCAGCCUGCUAUGUUUAUCGACAACAGAGAAACAGUGAGAUGUCAAACGAGCUGGUAGUGGAGGCUGAAGACUCGGCCCCAAUAAGCGCCAGGACUCAGAUGGACGCAAUUGAAGAGCAACAGGAGGAAGAGGAGGAGGAGCAGGAGUGAGCAGUCUCAGUGUGGAAUUUUCCCAAAGAGGGGACCGCUAGGUGUUCUGGUGCUGGAGAAGGGAGAGGACCUGAGUUUGGUUAGGUUUAAGAGGGUCUUCAUCACGUCAACCUAUGUACCAUUAAAACGCACACUGUAAAGAAAGCCAUGCACCUGUUCAUCCAUCUGUGUAAAUACCAUCAUGUCUUCCGACUUUUUCAACAUUUCUCUAGUUUUUGCAUCAUCACAUCAGCGGCUGUACUAAGCAUUUUCACAUGUUUACCGGUUAACAAGGGCAUUUGACACGGGAGAACUGUUCCUCCUCAGCGGCAAGAAUGAUGUCUGUCAAGUGGUGGUGGAGUUGCCAAAAUACAGAUUUCAUCAUUAUGUUACUUAACUAUGAUUAAACAGCAAGGCCUUGCUUGGAUUCAAAUAUAGACAUAUUGUGGAACUUAUUGGGAUGUGCAAUCGUAUUUUACAUACAACGGUGUACAGAUUAUUGUUGUUUUCUAUAGGUAAUGCAUUGUGUAUAUUUAAAUACCCGGAGGGGUCAGGAAUCCCUCAUAUCACUGCGUGUUAAACAAUACAGUUAUGAUUGUUCACUUUCCAUGCAGUCUGGGAGUCAGAUCUACUUUUGUUUUGCCAAGUAUUUUCCUGGUAGUAUUCAGACUGUUCUAUGUACUGUAUAUACUGUAUAGGGAUUCUUUUUGGCAAAUAAAGUGCUUUAUAAUGAA